CUGUGCUGGUCGCAGUGAGUAAAAAAAAAAGUCCUUUCACACGCACAUUCGCGUACGUAAAAUUGUACACAGAUGAUAUACAAUAAAUUAAUAUAUACUUACAUCCCUAAUACUACGUACGUAUAUUUCGUUGUUCGGAUUACCGUGUAAUUGAAUAAUAUGCAUGAGAACCGUAGGUAUUACAAGUGUACAUACGCCAGUGAAAAAAAAAGCGACGAGCGUGUCUUUCACCUCAACCGUAUAAGAUAAAAGUCAUUCGAUUCAACGUCCACGCAUCAGAGUGACAGACUCCUGUGUCCGUAUUGCAGUAUUACGGAUGGAGUUUUACUUAUCUCUCGUCUCUAUCAUAUCCCUACAAUUUAUAUACCAACAAAGGUGAGCUGAGUGCUUCAUUGUGCUCUCUCCUGAUGCCCCUGAUGGUGUCCUGGUGUCAUCAUCAUCGGUACAGCUCACGACUGUACCUAUACCCUAUACAGUAUUAAAAAAAAGGAGAGGAGAAAAAGAAGUUUUGUCGAGUACAUCGAACUUUCCCCCAUCAGCUGAUGUGUUAAGUACUUACACGUACAACCUAGCUUUUAUUCGAUCAUCGUGAAGAUCAAUUUAUUGGAGCUACAUUGGAAGAGCCAAUUAAUAGUAGAUAGUGUCAGUGUGUGUGUGUAAUUCAUUUUAUUUGCCAAGUGAAGUGCGUGUGUAAAUGAAAUUCGGUUGCGCAUACAUAUUUAUAUCAUCGUUUAGUAUUUUACAUACAAAUAUAUAUAUAUAUAUGCUGCAGUGCUGCAUAAGAGAGAAUUUGCUAUCUAUUUUUGUGUAUAUUAAUUAUAAAGUUUACUUAUUUGCGCCUAUGUCCUUCAAUCUUGACGGCUGCUGGAAAAACUCAAAGAUAUAGACUCUCGCAUUCAUGCGCGGAGCAACGGCUAAUAAAUGUGAUGCAAAAGUUCUGAUGAGAAGCAUGCAGGUGUGACAGUAACCUUGAUUUGAAUAGAAAAAGAAAAAAUGGGUAAUUUUUGUCAACACUGGCGUCUCUGGAUCUUGCCAGUGCUGAGUUGCUUGUACGCCAUACUGAUUGUUACUAUUGUGCCGGUGUUGGUUGCCAACGUUAUUAAAGAUGGACUCAAAAAACACGAUCAAAGUGCUCUUGUCGGAGGGGCAUUUGUUCUUCUUGCUCUUCCAGUUGCUUUUUACGAAAUUAUCCAACACAUGAUCUAUUUCACGCAACCAAGUCUUCAAAAAUAUAUUAUAAGAAUUUUAUGGAUGGUGCCGAUUUACGCGAUGAAUGCCUGGCUUGGCUUAGUUUAUCCAGAAAGCAGUAUAUACGUGGAUUGCAUAAGAGAAUGUUACGAGGCCUAUGUCAUAUACAAUUUCAUGAACUAUCUGUUUGCUUACCUAAACUCGGACAGCCAAUUGACUCACAGAUUAGAAAUGGCACCCCAAGUUCACCACAUGUUUCCCCUGUGUUGUCUCCCGGACUGGGAAAUGGGGGGUGAAUUCGUUCAUAUGUGCAAACACGGUAUUUUGCAAUACACCGCUGUACGGCCUAUAACUACUCUAAUCUCGUUCAUUUGCGAGCUAAAUAAUGUUUACGGGGGAGGAGAAUUCACAUGGGACGUUGCCUUUCCCUACAUGAUCGCCAUUAACAAUUUAUCUCAAUUUAUUGCUAUGUAUUGCUUGGUUCUGUUUUACCGUGCCAACGUCGAUGCCCUCAAACCCAUGAAGCCAUUGGGCAAAUUUUUGUGCAUCAAAGCUGUUGUUUUCUUUUCGUUUUUUCAAGGAGUGCUGAUUACAAUGCUUGUGAAUUUUGGAAUUUUGUCGAGUAUUUUCGACACUGACGAUACAGCAGACAUCAAAGACAUAUCCGGCAAAUUGCAAAACUUUUUAAUUUGCAUAGAAAUGUUUCUAGCCGCCGUGGCACAUCACUACAGCUUUAGUUACAAGCCUUUCGUUAACUUGGCCCAAACUCAAUUCUGGUGGGAUGCUUUCAGACAAAUGUGCGAUGUGUCCGAUGUGCAUAACGAUAUAAAAGAGCAUCUCGGGGUCGUCGGGUCUUCGUUGAGUCGAAGAAUACGAGGUCGUGGUACGUACAAUCAAACUUGGAGUAGCGUUAACGAGAGGACGUCUCUUUUACCCGAUGGUGUAAAAUCCGUCGAAAUAGCUGGUCAAACUCUCGGUUCAAAUGAGUCUAUUGAUGUGACGAUCGAAACUCCGUCGAGCAGCGGACGCAACACAGUAAACACGUAGUAGUUGUCCUUUUUACGUCUCGGGCAAUGAAGUGAUUUUCAUAGACAAUGCGAUGAAAUAAUGCCGAGGCCUUUAUUACUAUUCGAUUGAUUUUUCAUAACUGUUUUUAGUUGAAUUAUUCGUUUUUAUCGUUACUGUUGUUCUUAGACAUCCCGUAGCCCUGAAAUAUCUAGCUAAAUUUAUUCUACGUACUAUAUGAUAUUGAUCUGCGGGUCGGUCUUCUUGAUAAUACACGUACAUAUCUGUACAGUCAAUAAUUAAAAUGAUUCGAAUAGCUAGAACUAGAUAUUGGAAAAAAUUAUUUCGAAUAUUUUCGUAAUAUGACUCUACAUAAUGAAAAAAAAUCUAACGUGAUGAUUAGGUAAAAUUUGAAAUCUCCAAGGCAUUUUAUGUUGCGUUAAUUUUCUGUGAUAAAUUUUCUCAACUGUUUGAAAAUUAUUAUUGAAAGAAACUAAUAGGCUUGUUUUUGCAUUUAUAACGAGCGAAUGCGUAAUAAAAUAUUUCAAAAAUACAAAAAUUAAAUUUUUAUUGCAUAUUUCUUGUUGUGUUCUAUACUUUAUAUCCGUUUUAGUUGUUUUCUUAAACAUUUUUACGCCAAAAACAAAUAAAUAAAUAAAGUACAAGAAUAAAAUUAAUUUGGCUACAGAAUGACGUGAUACAUUACAAAUAAAUAUAAUGAUUACACUUUGGUAACUUGAGCUUGCCACUCGGCCUAAACCUUCUAGAUGAUUAAGGGCUACUGUUGCUUUAGUUUCUCUUUUUUGUAAGAAGUUACUUGUGAUAAAACAAUAAAGUCAUAAUACCGUUAAUCUAGCCAAGUCUGUUUGGAAAAAUAAAGUAAUUUUUAAGAAGUCAAAAUAAAAAUGCGUGAAACGGUACUUCCUUAAUUAUCAUUAGUCCAAAAAAACGACACGAAUUUUCAAACAUUACUGAAUAAGUAGUUCGUUAAUUGGCUAGGAUUUUUAAGAUGGUAAAACAAUCAUUCAAAAUUUUUUGUUUGUAUAGUUAUUACAGCAGAUAAGUCUUCUCAUGAAAAUUAAUCUUUAUAAUACAGUAUGUAAGGAUGAUUUAUGACUGAAAUUCGUUGAAAGUUUAAACUUUUAGUGGCAGCCUCGUAUUGUCCGUUCUUAAAGUCAACAUAGGUUGUCAUUUUAUUUCACCUAUGCAUUGACUUUUAGAAUUGCCCUUAAAUUACACACUUUUCAUAAUUUUUUAACCAAAGAUUGAAAAAUUUGUACAGAUGCUGCAAUUGCAAAUAUGUCGUAGAACUGAAUGUUAGCUUUAACUGUUUUUCAUAUUUUUUUAUAAGUUUUCAAAUCAUAAAAUAGCCGAAAACGAAACAUUUUUUUUUUUAACAGAGUUAUAUUUUAAUUUGUAAUAUGUAUUGUAAUUGCUUCCACGGUUAUAACUAUUUUAUGAUAUAUUAAACUUUUUAUAAUUACACACUCCAUACAGGUAUUUGUAGUCAUUUCAAAAAAAGUCUUCUAUUAUUAUAAGAGAAAAUAAUAAUUGUAUAAUAAAAUACAUGGUGUUUAAGAUUGCUUGUUGUAUUACAUGUUGAUGGUGAUGUGUACAUAAUAUUUAUAAAAAUUAUAAAAAUAAAAGCUCAGGUGUAAAUUUUUAAAAUAUCAGUCAUUAAAAUUUGUUUUUUCAAUUAAAAGAGGUGGUAACAAUUUUUUUAGACACAUUGCACUCUACGAAUAACCCUAGACAAAUUUUGUAACAUGUUGGAAUUAAAAAAAAAAAAAAAAAUGUAUAGUUUUUAUAAGACAUUAUCCCAAGUAUGAAUUCUUUGUCUAAUGUAAAUAAUGCGUGUGAAAAUUAUUUUUGUAACCCAUUUAUUAAAAUUUAUUAAUCAUAAAAUUUAAAAACUGUCAUUGUGGUCAAAUAACAUAUACUCAACAACACACAAAACAAUUGUAGUAAUUUUUAUCGUAAAAUAGCAAUUAAGUCGGGAUUUCUCUUCAAUCGUUAUGAUAUUCACCCUUUUGAAAGUUAAUUUCACGAUAGUUUUUCUGUAAAAAUUUGUGUUAUGAACCAUGUCCCAGUACGCAAAGAACGUAGUUUGACGGUAAAAAUUAUUAUAAUUUUUUUUUCUUCGUGUCCUACUUAAAUAAGCGAUUCCAAAGAUACUUUAAAUAUAUUUUAUUUAAAGUUAAUAAUAUUUUUACGAUUACAAUCGUUAAGUAGCCACUGUAGUUUUGUAUAGUUGUGAAUGUAAACUUGUAAAUAUGUAUUUAAAAAUGUAGUAAUAAAUUGUUAAUAAAUUAUUUUAGUAUUCCUG